ACAUUCCGUAAGUUUUACAGUCAGAUUCGCAACGAUAACGGAGAUAUUCCGGGUUAAAGUAGGCGGUUCUCGCACCUGUCUAAAACCAAUCAACGCUACUUCCGGUUUUACCAUAAAUAGCGAAAAACCCCGCAUGACGUCACAUCACAUCAAGUUCAAAAUGGCGAGUACAAACAACAACAGCGAAGCCUCCGAUUCUGCGUCCGAUAUCGACCUACAUAUGUCGUUUGAGGCCUCAUCCUUCGAAGAAACACAAGAAGAACAUUUCCAGAAUGUAGCCCCUUAUCGAUUUGAACCUGAGGCGAGUGAUUCUAGUGAAUCUGAUGGCUCAAGUGAGGACGAUGUCGACAACCCACAGCGGCUCGGCAAUACGGACUGGUGCACUUGUGGAUUCUGUACUCCGAAACCCACACUCAGAGAAAGUAUAUGCUGCACUGAAAUCACCAGGAUUGAUGAAAAGAGAACAUCUUUUCAGAAAGAAUUGCCUUGCAUUACAGAACACCCUGGAUUCCAAUCUGUUUGUCUCGACAUCUACGUCUUGGAGACAGCCUAUUAUCAGUAUCGUUCCCAGUAUGGGGAAUUGCAAAAGACCAUUGAACAAAGAAACAGAUAUACAGCAUAUCGUCAGCUUGUUCGUUGGUGUUGGGGCUACUUGGGGAAGAGUGUUCGUGUCCCACUUCCCUCUUGUGCAGUUACAAAGAUACACCAUUCCUUCAGUUCUGAAGAGUAUCAAGGAUUCAGAGACCCUGAAUGAAUGUCUCCUUCCUCCCAAACCGAGACUGGAAAUUAAACACUGCUUCCUCCUUUUCAGGGUGAAGAAAAUCACUGCACAGAGGAGGUGGUUGCAACUGAGGCAAACAGAGCGCAGGUGGAAAGGCGGGUGCUGGUGUCCGGGAUGAUACCUCAACAUAUCGUAGAGUCUCUGUCAUCAAAUCAGAUGCAUACCCUGAAAUGCAUAGACAAUAUUUAAAAUUUGUAAAAUAUUGAGGACUCUAUCUCUGUUGAUAAAUACAAGUAUCAUUCUCGUGUUUUGCUUGGUAUUGAAUAAAAUUAAAUUCAA